AGUCUCCUCGAUUAUUUCUGGUAGUCCUCCGGAGCUGUGAGUGGUGCUGUUCCGCCUCAGUGAACAUAAACCUCCCGUCACCGGAGCUCCACUAGCGGGCCGAGUUGACACUUCUCUCCGCCUCACAGAGCCUCGGGCAGGCUGUUUUCACGCCUCCUGCCAGGGCAGGUGUGGAGCGAGUUUGAGAGAGAGAGAGAAAGAAUGGCGGACUGACGAGCUCCUCCGCCCCCUCCGCCCCUGGAGGCCAUCAUGAAGCCAGCAAGGAGCGACCAGCGCCAGGCCUAACUUUGCUCCAAGCAGCCAGUCACAGACGAGGAGGCGGGUGACCUAAGGAGGCGGUGGGUGGGUGACUACGGUGUGUGUUGCGGCUGGCUGACGUGCAUUUGGCCGCCGCUGGUGCCGCUUGUCAGCCGGGGAAGUGAAGUCGUCACACGCGUCCAUCACCACCUGGAGCCACACGGAUAAAAACAUGCACUCUGCCUCCGAUGGAGGACCCGGCCGCGGCACGCUGAUAGAGGGAGCCUGCUAAAGUCUUGAAUAAUGGACAAGGAGCUGGUUGGUCCGAGCCAAUCGGACCAUGGACCCGCCUCCGACUCCUCCGCCCUCCCCACGCCCAGCCCUCCUCGCCUCACGCCCAACCCCAUGCUGCUGGACUCCCCGGCGCCCUCGCAAACGCCCGUCACCUCCUCGCCGCCUCCCCCUCUCACUCCGGCCCCCUCCCUCUCGGCACCCAAGACGGUGGUGGCGGCGGCAGCUAGGACCGCCUCCCCUCACAUCCUCGUCCCUGCGCCGCCCAAACUGACACCCACGGCGAGCACCACCCUGCGCACCUACGCUCGGCCCAUCCUUCCCGCUGCCUCCAAGACAACCCCGAGCUCUCCACUUCCUCCUUCCUCCUCUGGUGAUGUCACCACGUCUUCUACCACUGCUACUUCUUCUACAGUGACCACCAAGACGUCCACCACGCUGACCAAUGGGAACCCCAGGACCGUUCCCACGACAACCUCCAACACAAUCACACCCUUCCACACCCCGGCCAGUCCACCUGGGAGACAGGCGUCUCAGCCUCAACCGGUGAGCUCCGCCGGCACUGUGCGAGCUAAUCAGAGCCCCAGCGCCAUCAGGCAGAGGGCGUCCCAGCAGGCCGUGCUCCUGGGGAAAGGUCCCAAGGGGGCUGGACAAGACCAGGUGCUGCUACGAGCUCAGAUGCUCAUUCUCACAUCCACUAUGCGACCUGGCCCUCCCUCCUCUUCUUCCGCUCCCUCCUCCGCUAACCCCGCCUCCGCUCAGCUCCAGAAUCUCACCUUGAGGCCCCCGGUCACCAUUCCACCCUCUCUUCGUCUCAAGCCCCCCUCCUCGUUGCCGCCUCCCCUCUCUCGGCCUCAAACGGCGCUAUUCCCUCCUCUGCGUCCGCGACCGCCGCCCAGCACCGCGGCAACAGAGAGCUCAGCCACGCCCGGUCGCCACCUCGCUGUGCCACCUCCAACGCUCUACUCUCCUGUUCGAGCCGUCCCUCUCCGGCCGAGGCUUCAUUGCGUGAGGGCGGCGUCCCCGAGGAUCCCUUUACCUCUUCAGACCAUGACCACGGCCUCCCAGGCGUCCGCCGUGGGAUUCAAGAGCUGCUCCUCGUCCCAAAGCAAGCUAGGCACCAGCCAAUCCCAACUCGGCGGCCUCCCCGCCUCCUUCCAGACAUCGCCGUCCGCAUCCAGGCAGCUACAAAUCAUCGCUCUCUCUUCAGCUCGCCAACCGCUGUCGUCUUUCCCCAAAACGUCUGCGGCUCCAGCAGUAGCAUCGCCUGAGCCGCGCAGCCAAUCAAAGAGGACUUUGAGUGGACAGGAAGUGCUUCCCCUUCCUCAAAGCCCCACGUCGCCUCCCCGCCUGCUGCCACAGACACUGAGCCCUAAAGGGGGAGGAGACAAGAAGAGCGAGGAGCUGCCAGGAGGAUUAAAAGAAGAAGGAAGAGUUGCUGAAAAUGACCAAAGACACAAAGAUGAGGAGGAAGGAGACAAGACGGAGGGAGAGAAGGACACUCGCCUCCUCACUGGGAAGGAGCAAGAAGGGGAAAAAGGGGAGGACAUGGACGUGACUGAAGAAGGUCAGAGUGAGACGCCAGAUGGAGGCGAGGACCGGAAGAUGGAGGUGGAAGAGGAAGGAGAAGCUGCCAUGAAUCAUUCGGAGACCUCUCCACCUGUCACUCAAACAUCAGGAACGGUCAAAGACUCCAAGCCAGAACCGGAAACCAUCACAAAUCUGGUUUCAGAGCCACUUCCAGUCCAGAAUCCAUCUCCAGAGUUUCCUCAAGACCUCCAGAACCCGAACCAAUUGGACAUCUGUGAGAACAUGUCCACCCAGUCCGACAACCAUUCAGCGCUGUCAAGCCUCUCCUCACAGUCUCCGCCCACCUCGCCGUUCAUUGGCUCCUCCACCGAGGCCCCGCCCAAACCGGUCAACCUCAGCCAAUCAACGCACGAGGACAGCAAUGGGAAGCAAACACUGGGUGGAACACAAAUAGAACCUGAACCUCCUGACCAAUCAGAAGAGGAGCUGGAGAGCCAGCAAGUGGGCGGUACCUGGGAGCCAAGGGCGUGGCCUGAAGGCCGGGAGGUCUUGACCCACCUGGUUGAGGGAUUUGUCAUCCAGGAAGGACUCCAACCUUUUCCUGUAAACCGCUCGUCACUGCUGCUUCCUCAGCAGGCCGCCCAGCCCCAGGAAGUGAACGGGACCAAUGGCAAGGCGGCGCUUCCUGUGACGGAGGCCUCGGAACCAGCCGCACACUCGAGCGACUCCGACGAGGAGGGUGGAGACACGGACGAAGUGGCGACGCGAUCGGGCCACCGGGACCGGACUGUGUUGCACUGCCAGUUCUGCGGCAAGAGAGGCCACGCCCACAACUUCAUGCGGUCCAAGCGCUUCUGCUCCACUUCCUGUGCCCGAGGGUUCAACGUCCGUUUGACGAAACGUUUGCGGGCACUCAGUGCAGGAAGCCGCUCGGAGAGGCCUCGCCCGGUCCUGAACAGGGCGCAGUCAGUGCCUGGGAAACCUCUCUUACUGCGACUGCCUCGUGACCUGUGGAGCGCCGGGCGCCGUGAAAAAGACGCCAAGGAAGAGAAGGUCAUAUCAGCACGGGAGGAAGAGGAACAGGACGAGGAGGAGGAGGAGGACGAAGAGGAGGAGGAGGAAGAUAUGGAGGCAGGAGGGGAAGAAGAGGAGGAAGAUGACGAUGAAGUGGAGGAGGAUCCAGCAGUCGCCAUGACAACUAGGAUAGAGAGUCAAGUGGCAGCGGGGAGAAUGAGGUCUGUCGUGACCACGCCCACAAGCACCUUUAAGCCCACCCCCUGCCAGUGGAGUGUUGAGGAAGUUGCGUCCUUCAUUCGCACGCUGCCAGGCUGCAGCGAGGUGGCCGACGCCUUCAGGCUGCAGGAGAUCGACGGCCAAGCUCUGCUGCUACUGACGGAGGACCACCUCAUGACCAGCAUGAACAUCAAGCUGGGGCCCGCGCUCAAGAUCUGCGCUCACAUCAAUGCGCUGAAGAACCAGUGAGGGGGCGGGGCAUCAUGGUUUUGAAGAAGCACCAAGACUGUAGCACGAGGCACAUUUUUGUCAUUUGUGUAUAUCGGACAAGCUGCUGGAGAAGUGUACACUUGAAGGAUUUUCAACAUUCAAUAUAUAUAAUUUAGUUUUUUUGUUGUUUUUUUUUUUAGACUGUGACAUCCCACGACAAAUCUAUCCUGUAGCUAUACCAUAACUGUGUGUACAAAAAAAUAAUAGGUGAACUUUGUACGUGAUUCAUGAAGAUGUAAUGUUUUAUAUUGCUAUAUUCUGGACAAGAAAAAAAAAGUCACUAUCACGAGGGAGACUGGCGUCUUUGUCACAUUUUUAUGCUAUCUUGCUUGAAAAUAUUUAAUAAAGCAAAUAAUGCUA